AUGACAGAAGAUAUCAUGAAUAAGACUGGAUUAGCAGGCCUGCCAACUGAGGUCCUGAGCGAAAUCAUACGCUCUUUACUUGAUGAAAUCACCACAAACAAGAGAUCAGGUCGUCCACACGACUACAGCACUCGAGACUACAGAUGCGCAACCGCCCAGGCGACGAAAGCUCUGGUCACUCUUAGUCUCGUCUCGCGCAGGCUUAGGGAAGCUGCCACCAUCUCACUAUAUCGCCGUGUCACACUCGUCCCUCGCAGACUCCCGGGCUCGCCGAUAGCUUCCGAAGCGCCACCCCAUGAUAGCGUUGUCCCCCUGACGCUCUUCCUGAGGACUCUGGUUGAGCGACCCGACUUGCAGCCUUUGGUUCAAAGUCUUGAUUGUCAAUUCUUCUUGAGACAUGCGGAAUCGACGAUUGCUAAUGAGGACAACCCGGCAUCCGCCCCACGCUACCAGAAGGCUUUCGAGUUUCACAAACAUAUUAUCGAGAGUACUAAGCGGUCUCCCUUGUCCCAGGAAGACUUGAUCUUAAAGCAUGUCGCGGCCACCAAUCAUGGCCGUGUCAACGAUACUUCCGAGCGUGCCUUGGCUGCCAUUUUGUGCUUGACCCCUGAACUACGGGCUCUUUCAUUGGCUCCCUUGCCCGCUAUGAAAUGGCUCCUUACUACCGCCAGUAACAGGGAGUUCUUUGCUCUUCAACAUGAAUAUCACUACCAUACAUUAGUUUCGCUGGUAGAGAGCGCCCGCCAGAGCAAAAUUUGUCCAGGCGCGCUCCAGCACCUGCAGGCAGUUCGGUUUACCGCCCUGUUUGGCUUCAAGGCCUUCGGCGGCUUGGAGGACGUUGCACACUCUGAGGUUGAGGAUGACCCUACUCGCCGUCAUUGUGCUGGUUAUACGUUCCCGCUGUGCAGCUGUCUCAAGCUCUUACUAGGGCCCAAUAUUACAGAGUUUGAGGCUGACGCCGUGGAUAAGUAUCAUCCCGGCAACUUUCGUGAUCCGAAGGUACCAAUUCAUUGCAGUAUCAAGCGAGCUUACUUUACUAUUUCCGCUCCCUUGCACGUGUUGAACCAUGUCGGCCAUGCUUGGAUCUAUCUGCCCUCAGCGUACGACCUUCUCUGGUGGGAUUGUUUCCAGAAGAAGGGGUGUUCUCUCAAGGAGCUAGACAUUGCUCAUGUCGAGGGCUAUGAGCAACCAUCGCAUAGGCUCAGUUCUCUUCCGCUUCUUGAAGCACUGGAGCAUUUGUGUAUCGGAAUUCCCUUAUUGCCGGACCAUUUUUCCGAGUCACCGCUCCAUUCCCUGCUUCCCCCCAAUCUUAAAACACUCAGGCUCCACGAUUGGUUCACUGUAAAAUACUACGACAAGUACCACCCCAGCCUCGACCAUCUUGAGAUGACCGAGGAUGAAGUUGAAGACGGGCUCAAGCCAUUGGUCAAGUUCCAGAUUGAGUUUUCCACCGCUCUCCGAUCUUUCUCCCAGAUCUGCGGAAAUACUCAUCCUCACUUGCGGUCUCUCCAGAUCUUCGGCUUCCUCCCGAUGGAGAAGGUCUCCUUUGACUUGGCGAUGAGUAAAGAUGAGAAGACUAAGGAUGAUUAUUUCCAAGCGCUCCGCGAAAUAGACCUUGACGGACCUGAGCCAGGACAAGUCGUUCGAAGCGGAAUGGAAAUCCAAGGUCUGUUUGCGCAAGCUGGGGUAGAUUUUGAGGAGCUACUUCAUACACAGGAGUUUCAUUAUCCUUUUCGAGCACAAGUCAGUCGAUAUCAGUAA